AUAACUACGACUGCAAAUAUCAUUUCUCUAUACAGAAAUACUCUCUCUCUCUCUCAGUUUCAUUUCGCGCUCGCUCUCUCUCGCUAGAUCUCACGCUUUCUCAUGGCGACCUGCGUUGCUCCUUUGUCUAUCUCAGGCGGAUCUCAACUCAAUGCGCGUGAUCUUUUGUCCACAAAACCCAAUACAUUUCGGAAAACCCCGAAACUGAUAAUAAAAAAGAAAUCGAACCAAGCGGGAAGUAAUGGCAGGCUAUCUGUUCGUGCUGAGUACCAUAUCAGGAGCCUAAAUGGUCAGACCCUGGUAUCCAGUGAUGGUGGCAGAAGUGGUGCGGGUGAUUUUGCUUCUGGUUUUCUUCUAGGUGGUGCUGUAUUUGGAACUUUAGCGUAUAUUUUCGCUCCCCAGAUAAGAAGAUCCUUGCUGAAUGAAGACGAAUAUGGGUUUCGAAGGGCCCGGAGACCGUAUUAUUAUGAUGAAGGUUUGGAGAAGACGCGGCAGACCUUGAAUUCAAAGAUAAGCCAACUCAAUUCAGCCAUUGACAAUGUAUCUUCACGUUUAAGGGGUAACAAUAAUGUCCCUUCGGUGCCAGUUGAAACUGAUCCUGAAGCGGAAGCUACCGUGUGAGAUCUGUUUCCAUUUACCAAAUUAUGGUCUUUGAAUCAAAGCUACUUGGAUAAUAGAUUUUCAAUCUCAACUAUCGCAUAUAUGUUCGGAGUUAGAUAUCUAAGUUUUUUGGGUUCUUCCCCUUUUUUUGAAUGGAGUUGUUUGUGGACUUUUAAUAUCAAAAUUUUUUUCUUAUGAAAAAAACAUCUAAUUCUUUUCGGGUUAAAUUAGAGGACGGUGAUGGAAAUAAUGUGCAAUUAGAUGGCUUUCUCACUUUAA